AUGGUUAAAUCUAACAACUAUAAUGGUUUGAAUCCUGUAAUUGUGCAGGCGUUAAACAACCUACAAUAUAGGUAUAGUGAUGAGACGCCAGAAAUGUGGUGUUCUCGUGUUCGUUAUCCAUUUAAGAAACUUCUUGAAUAUAACCCAAAAUACUUUUCGAAGAAUGGAUUUAUCCAAAUGGUUGAAAGGCUGGGAGACGCUCAUUUAAUAUUUAUUGCACUGUAUGCGACUCCUUGGUGUUUAUCUGUGAAUAAACAUCUAAAUGAAUGCAUUUCUAAAACAGCAACAAGACAUCUUGCAUAUUCUAAACCUGUGAAAAAAAAAGUAUCAUCAGAAUUAAGCGAUGAUGAAAUUGAAAUUAAGAAAAGUGUUGUAUAUCGAUUAAUUAAUAGUGCAAAAGUUAUCCAAUGGACUUGGAGAGCUUUCAAGUUGAGACCCAAAUCUUUGGCAAAACAAGUUUGGGAGGCAGUGAGGAAUGAUAGGACUCCUGAUAGGAAGAGAUUUUUAGGUAUACUUUCAAUUCCUCAAAUGAAAAUAAAUCCUAAAACUCAAGAACAUGCUUUACAUGUCGAUGAAUAUCUUGAUAUGCUUAAAAAAACAAAUAGUUAUCAAUACUUUAUUGAUAAUCAUAAUCUAGCCGAGCGGAUGGUGUAUAAGGAAUAUAUCAAUUAUUGUCCUAGUCUUUGGAUAGAAAAAAAGAAAUCUCAGUUAAGUGGUCGACUAGAUAAAGAAGCACAUUAUCUUGUUAAGGAAAAAUUAGAACAAAAAGGUUACAGACAAGCUUAUAUUUCAUGA